GAAUUUGAUACUAUUUUGUCAGUAAAGUCAACAAUGUCGAAAAAUUAAUAAAUUCUAAUAAUGGGAAUUCUGUAGUUUUAAACACUGUACACUUCCGCCGAAGGCAUUUGCGCCAUACGCAAGUUGAUGUCUGCCACACCCGCCAUCAACUGAUAUCUGCUCAAGGUGGACUUCCUGAUUUUGCUGAGAUUAUUCAGAUUGCUAUUUUGGACAACUGUGUACACUUCAUUGUAAAGUUACUGGCUGCCUGGUAUGAAGAGCAUCUAAGGUCUUUUCAGUUGGAGGACACUGGGAAAAUGGCACUUUGGGAGCAGCAGAAACUUGGUGAUGUCUACCCCUUGGCUGCGUACAGUGUGGGAGGAAAAUGCUUGGUUACACUCAAACGUCACAUCUGUUGUCCGUUUUAGGCCGGAGAGAUGGAGGAAAAAUUGCGAGUAAUCAUUGGCGACCGAAUUGAGAAGUUGGUCCUUCAAUCAGGAAUCCCACCGACUGUGGAGGAGCUGCAAACUAUUGUGAAAGAGAAAUUUGGAAUUUCUGAGGAGUUCAGUCUUCAGUAUUUGGACUCAGAAUUUGAAGAUUACUUUACACUGCAUAAAACUGACCAAAUUAAACACAAAGACACGGUAAAGGUUAUCUAUGCUGCCCCGAUUAUUCUUAACUUGCAGCAAGUUGAAGGAAGUUUGGACAUUUCUUUUGGUCAACAGUCAACAGACUGUGACUCCGUAUCUUAUGCAGAGUCUUCUGCAUCAAAUACAGAGUCAUCUGCUGGAACAUCAUCUUCAACGGACACUAUUAUCCUGCCUAGACAGAGAAGCACCACUGAACGAUGUCAGCAAUGGCCAAAGCAGUUUCCCAUUCCACAGUUUGCAUAUGAGACUGAGAUGUGCCUUGAAAGAGCCGAUGAAGACCACAGAAAGAAUGGAACACUUCUGACUGCCUCAAAGGUCAAAGCAGACAUAUUGGAGAAGCUGGCUGAAACUAUAUAUAUGUAUACAGCUUAUCCAUCAAGUGCACAGAUAUGUGAUGUUGCUGAGGCACUUGUCAAUAAAUAUCCUUGUCUGAAGGAACCUGGCUCCUUCUCAGGCUACUAUGGCUGGCAACAACGCCUCAAAUACAAGAUGGCAAAUUAUCGUACCAAACUCAGAGGUUACGGAGUUCCUGAGGUGAUGUGCAAUGCCUUCAAACGCAAGAGCCCUGGGGACCAAAAAUCUGCAAAGAAUGUGAAAAAGCCUCGAAAAGCAGAAGUAAACUACCUCCCACCUUACCCAGCAGGAGAGGAUGAGGAAAGUCAAGAACAGGAAAGGAUACAGUUGCUGACUGAAGUAAGGAAAAGAGACAACAACAAAUUGAUCAAAGAAAAGAUGGCCAAAACAUUUGCACACCGAAGAAAUGAUAUCGUUAACCAAUCACCUGCCAUAGAGGACAUCAAAGCCAGAUGGCCAGCUCUAUUCGAGGCAUCUAAUAUCGAGGAUGAGUUUCACAGAAUUACAACGGUGCACCUGGAAUCGAAGUUCAUGUCCAAGCUGGAUGAAUACUCUCCCAGGCUUCUGAACCUCUUCCACUCAAAGGGUGGGACCAUGGGAUUAAGGUUGCAGACUAUCCUACUGAAGGCUCCUAGCAAUCCUAACAUCAACAUAACCAGAGACAUUGUCAUCCGGUGUCUGAUGUUGUACCUUGGGGAAUCUGCCGAUCAGCUCUUUAAAGAGUAUGAUGAUGCAGAUGAAGACAGUGUGGCACAGGACCUUGCUGUACAAAGGAUGAAAAUUUACAGCAUCCAGAGUAAUCUGUCAGAGGGUACAGAGGACAUCGGAAUCGUGAUAGAUGGUACAAAGGUUCUGACCGCUCUGGGUAACUUUCCAAGAGCUUGUGCCAUGCUUGUUGGUUUGACGUAUGCAGUGAAUCUUGCUUAUCCCAAGGAGCUCAGGUACACUUUCGAAGCCUUUCAGAAACUCUUCCUGGAGCUGGACUGUUCAAAGCUUUCUCCAAAAGUGAACAGCCUCAAGAGCAAGCUACUGGCUUAAGAAAGGGAGCCUAAAUACACUGGUGUGCUCAGUUAUUCUGUGUGUUCAAGUGAUUUAAGUGUUCAAGUUU